AAUGAGCUGUGAACAUCACCGUGAGUUCACUGAUUCCAAAGCGGUCAGACACUGUUCAGUUGCCGAAAGUAGAACACCUGCGACAAACAACAUGAAACCUAUCGUUGUACUCAUUUCCAUUCUAAGCCUAACGGUGGCUCAAAGAGAGGACUCUCUGAAAGUUAUCGACACCCUACGACAGCUGCAGCCGGCUUACCGAGAUUUACAAAACUUCGUUGUCUCUGCGGUAGCGAAUGCCAAACUCAACAGCACCGGAGCCAUUUACGAUUUCCACAGCGAAAUUUUCGAAGCGAAAGACAAUUUCCUACGCUCAGCCAUCACCCUGGAAACCAACGCUCUUCGCCAUAUCAACGGACAGACAUCGGACAUCGACGGUAAUUGUUUGGCAUUCCUGCGCAACAGUAUCGAAGUGAACCUUAACAUUGCCGGCGUUUCCUUCACCAACUGCAUCAAUGCUGUUGAUGCACGACUGAAUGCGGAAAUUGAUCAAAUCUACGAUGGGCUGCAGUUCAAUGAGUCGUCCUACACCAACGCUAGCAUCUACAAAGUGUUCCGAGGGCAGAACAUUUUUGUUAAUCCGCAAGGUAUCGUCGAACUACUGCAGGGUCAGCUCACCCAGUUGCAGCAAACUCCUACCAGCUUAGUGGCUGAAUUGGGCUCGUUGAUCGAUGGUUUCCGAGUUCGUCUGGAUGUGAUUCGUGGAAACUACCGCCAGUGUCUUACGGUAAAUGAUCAGCUGUUGCAGACCACAAUCAACACGGUAUUAAUCCAGCUGCAGCAAAUAUGUUUGGGUGCAUUAGUACCUGCUGGUAGCGAAACACCGCAAGAGCCACCGUCAGUCGGACCGGUCGAAUCCUAUUGGAACUUUGUUUGAAAGUAUUAGUCGAAUCAGCAUGAUGCAAGCAUAAAUCUAAUAAAAUUUUAUCAUCUAUAGUUGAGGUAUUUUGGCGUUCACUUUGGAACUUUUUUUAAAGAAUGCGGCCAUGGUGAGAGGAACGAUUUUAUUUAGUCUUUGCUUGCCUAACUUUUUUUCUAGUGCAUAUAGGUUUCUAAAACUAUGUUUCCUUAACGCUUUUGUGGUAAAGAAAAACAAAAAACCUGUUUUGAUUACGAUCGAAACUUCUCGUGCAGUGUUAAAGGCUACUUAAUUGUUGCCAUCCGAUGCCCAAUAUAAUUGUCCUAGAAUAUUUACAACAGUCUAAUUGCAUGGAAAAGGUAAGCAAAGACAGUCUAAAUUGAUCUAAAAGGUAUAUACAAAUUUAAUUGUUUCACCGUUGACUGAUUUGCGGUGUUAACUGCCAUUCAAAAACUACUUACCGCUCUAUUUCAAAUUUUGAAAUUGUCCGUACAGUAGGCUUUUUCAUCAUAACACGCUGAGAAUCGAUAGUUUUAGAAUGUCAAAGGUUAUAAUUUGUUAUCCAGACUUCGUGGUACCACCUCCAACAUUAAACAAUUUUUGGUCUAUAUAGUAAAAAGUUUUAAAAAAAUCAAUACAAAAUGCUAAAUCAAAAAUUUGUCCGUAUACGAUAA